AUGGCUCGCCGAGAAACUCGCACGGUGAGGGAUCGGCCAUCGGAGCCGGUUCGGCGGUUUUCUAUCAUGGAUCUCAAACACCAGGCCGCGGAGUAUUACCGGAGCAACGAAGUACCGCAGCGCUUGGAGGAAGUACUCAACACCAUGUUCUACCAGCGCCCCGGGGAUCUCUACGGCUAUCUAGUAAACUUCUUCUCUGAAUUAUCAAAACCUCCAGUGAUAUGCAAAUUAGAUGCUAAAAGUGUGCUGGAUGGAACUGGCCGACCAACAUUAGAAGUUGAAGUCUUUUGCCGAGUUAGAAACUGUGAUAAGAUUAUUUGUUCCAGCAUGAUCUCAUGUCAUGCUGAAAUUCUUGAAAGUGCUUCAGCAGAAGCAAUUGAUGCGGAUGAAAAGGAAAGAUCCGAAUCUUUGAAUAAGGCAAUUGAAUGGAUAAAUGAAUCACUGAAUGAAAUGCUCAGAGGCCUUCAACCUGGGGACCAACAAAACAUAGAUGAGUUAUUAGGUGAUUAUUUUACAAGAAAAUCUGAACAAUACGAAGAAAAAAGGGAACCUGUAAAAGAAAAAGAAAGUCAAGAAGUGAUGGCACCUGCUUCUCCAUUGGCCACCGUAUCUCCUGGAAAAAAGAAACCAAAUAAAACAGGCAAAAAAUUGUCUGUAGUAGAAAAGCCAAUAGUCCCAGCAGAACCUCCUGAACCUGUACUUAUGGGCAGUUUGGCUAUUGGAUGUACAUCACUUGCUAUUGCAAAGAGUGCCGCAACUGUUCGUGACAUACCUUUGUAUUCAUAUAUUGCUUUGCUGAAACAUGAUCAGAAGAUGCCAAAAGAACUGGUUAUGCCACUGCCAAUGAUAACAGUUUUGAAUUGCGGCAAAUCAUCACCUGGAAAGCUAAAUUUAAUAAAAGAAUUGAUGCUGAUCCCUCCUACCUGGUUAACAGUUAAACAGGCCCUAACAAGAUGUAUGGAUAUUCAGAAACAGAUGUUGAAACUGAUAGAAAAAAUGAAUAAAGACUCUAGUUCUGCAAUAGAUGGCAAAAAAGCUGCUUCACGAGAUGCAGGGAAAAAGACGCCGCUUCCUGUUCCUAAAAAAAUAUCCCAUUUAGGUUGUCUGGUAAUGGGAUAUGACAGUCUAGAACAACCACUAACCUUGAUCCAAUCAACAUGCACCCAUCUUUCCUUGGAAUUAGGAACAGAUAUAUACUUGGGGAUAAAUUGUGCUGCUCAUGAAUUAAUGGACUAUAAUAAAGGAAAAUAUGAAGUAAUUACUGGAACACCUAAAUCUCCUGAUGAAAUGGUGGAUAUGUAUCUAGAUCUGGUUAAGAAAUUCCCUUCUAUUUUAACAUUAAUAGAUCCAUUGAGAAAAGAGGACAGCCAACAGUGGAUCCAGCUGUGCAAUGUUUUGGGUUCUAAAUGUUAUUUAAUUGCAGAAGACUCAUGCAGGAAUUUGACUAAACUUCUGGGUUCUAAAAAAAGCAAUAUACCAAAAUGCAGUGGUCUUGUCUUAAAACAUAUCAAUGAAGCUAAAAUUUUGGACCUUAUACAAAUGACCCAGCGAUUAGAUGGUUGGAGACACCUUUCCAUCUUAGGAAGUCCGGAUGGAGAAUCUUCUGAUGAUAGCCUUGCAGAUCUGGCUGUUGGACUGGGAACCAAAUUCAUCAAACUGGGAGGUCUUUCCCGUGGAGAGAGGAUAGUCAAGUACAAUCGACUUCUUGCAAUAGAGGAAGAACUAAACAAGAAUGGGAGGCUUUGUGAAAGAGAUGAGUAUGAAUUUAUUGACUUUAUUGAAGAGGAAGAAGAAGGAGAAGAGGAGGAAGAAGAAGAAGAGGAAGAGGAAAAAGAAGAAGAGGAAGAAGAAUUUGAUCAUACUGAUUCUCCUUCUGGGAGUAAACAAGCUGUAGUCUAGAAAUUAAUGUUUCAGAUUUGGCAUUGGUUGAAUGCAAAUUGACCCUGUAAUUCUUUUGGGAAUGCAUUUUGUCUUUCCCAAGACAGCAACCGUGAUAAAAAUGUACAUUUAUUUCUUAUUGACAUUAAAUAUUUUAUUUUGGGUUGUAUUUUGUCUUCCUGUUGCAAUGUGCACAGUGUUCAACAUAAUUACAGU